AUGGAAGACUCGAAAGGCGAAUCAAAGGACAAUGGCUCGCUUCGACAAACGAUAACGGCUCAAAAUGGCGAGAGUACAACAACGACAGAUGGACCCGGCCUGCAGAGGAAGUUGGCGGGCCGUCAUUUGAUGAUGUUAGCGAUUGGCGGUGUCAUUGGGCCCGGAUACUUCGUGGGUAUGGGUACGGGCCUGACGAGCGCCGGCCCCGCAGGUCUGCUGCUUUGCUUUACCAUUGUCGGCGUGCUGCUAUGGACGGUCAUGCAGUCUCUAGGCGAACUUGGUGCUUUUAUUCCCUCGUCAGGCUCCUUCACGCAUUACACCUCUACCUUUGUCGACCCCGCCGUGGGGUUUGCGCUUGGGUGGAACUACUGGCUUCUAUGGGCUGGAAUCAUUAUUGCGGAAUAUAAUAAUCUUGGACUUGUGUUGACUUAUUGGGAGACACCUGUUCCCAGAUGGGGCUGGAUCCUAAUUUUCUGGGGCUUUUUUCUCGCGUUUACCCUCCUCGGCGUCAAGUCCUUUGGCGAGGCAGAAUUCUGGCUGGCUCUUAUCAAAGUCAUCGCCAUUCUUGCCUUCUUUCUCUGCGCGAUUCUGAUAUCUUCUGGUGUAAUUGGUGGUGAAAAGAUUGGAUUCAAAUUCUAUCAUGAACCGGGCGCAUUUUCCGACGGCGCCAAGGGCGUCUUCAAGGUCUUUGUCUUUGCUGCUUUGCAGUAUAGCGGUACUGAAAUGAUUGGGCUCACGGCUGGGGAGUCGGCCAACCCACAAAAGGAUGUCCCCAAGGCGGUUAAGUCUGUAUUGUGGCGUAUUGCGGGCAUUUUCUUGCUCGGCAUCCUCUUUCUCACCAUUACCGUGCCAUACAACGACCCGAAUCUUCUCUCCGCAACGAGCAAGACUGCUAGGUCGCCGUUUGUCAUUGCUUUCACGAGAGUGGGAGCCGACGCUGGUGCACAUGUGGUCAACGCUAUUAUUCUGAUUACCAUGUUUUCAGCGAUAAACGCGGCUCUGUAUGUCGGCUCACGCACCCUUUACGGCCUUGCUCAAGAAGGACAAGCUCCCAAGAUGUUUGGGUGGACGACCAAAAAGGGAGUUCCAAUCGUUUCUUUGAUUUUCAUGAAUUUGAUCGGUUUCUUGUCCUUGCUCAACCUUUCUGCCGGCGCCGGCGUUGUAUACACCUGGAUUGUUUCCAUGACUGGCGUUGCAACCUUCAUAACCUGGGGUCUUAUCUCUCUCAACCACAUCCGACUUCGCAUGGCAUUGGCAGCUCAAAAUAUCAGCGCCGAUGUUCUCCCCUUUCAGGCUCCAGCCUGGAAAUUUUGUGCCUACCUUGGACUUAUAGGCAAUGCAUUUUUCAUCUUCUUCCAAGGAUGGACGUCUUUUGCUCCUUGGGACGUCGAGGCCUUCUUUCAAAACUACAUAGUUGUUUUACUAUUCAUCAUUUUGACGGUUGGUUUCAAGACUGUGAAGAAGACCAAACUGGUUCGUCUGAAGGAGAUCGACUUGGGAGUGGCGAGGAUGGUAAUACAUAGUCAAUAG